AUGACAACUAUAUCUACAAAUAUAAAUUCAAAAUCAAUUGGAAAUAGUUUAUAUGAAAGACGUAGAAAUUGGCGUGUACAUCAAAUGAAAUCAUGUAUGGAACCUCCAAUAAAUUAUUCAAUAACAUCAAUAUAUCAUAAAGAUAAUGAUGGAAUAAGAUUAAAUACUAUUACAAAAAAAUCAGAUAUAUUACAUCAUAAAGAAAAUUGGUGGGGGAAAACUAUUAGUCAUGAACCCAGUGUAUUAAUAACUCCUUUUGCUCAAAUUUUAACUAUUCUAAAUCGUGCACGAGAUUUCUUAUCUAAUUAUACUUCAAACUCUCCCUCUUAUUCUCCACAUGAUCCUAAUAUGUUUAACACGAAGUCAGUUGGUUGUGAUGAAAAAUAUGUUAAUUGUCUACAUCAGUUUGAUGUACAUUAUGUGAAUCAAUUAUUAAAUGAAUUUGAUUGGUGUUUGGAAGUAUUGGACAGUUUACAAUGUAAACGUUCUGUAAGCAGUUUAACACGGAUGAAAUUACGUAGUCUUCUUAGUCAAGAGUUGGCCGCUUCAUUUAAUGAAUCAAAUGAUAAAACUGUUAAGAAAGAUUCAAUCAAAAAAUCAACCACAACAUCUUACAAUUCAAAUAUUAGUCAAAUGCAAAAACGUAAACAACAAUUUAGAAGUUGUAGAUCACAAGUUUGUGAAUACAUUUGUAAAACAUUUCUUGAAGAAGAAGAUGAUGAUGAUGAUGUUGACAAUAAUCAUGAAGAUAACGAUGAUGAUGAUAAUAAUAAUAAUAAUAAUAAUGAUGAGAACAACUCCAGAAAUACAUCAUCAUAUAAUCUAUCAACAGAAAAAACUAUUCAUUUGAAUAGUCCAAAAUCAAAACUUCGAUUCAAUGAUAAAUAUGAAAAAACAAUAGAUGAAUCUAGUGAAACAACUGAAUCUACAACUGAUCAAAUUUCUGAACUAAGAUCUAUCUCAUCUACACAAUUCAAUGAUACAGAUGUAAUAUCUACUACAUUAAAGUUAAUUACACUAAAUAUUGAACAUUUUGAUAAUUCAAUAGUGGAAAAUUUUAUCAUAAAUAAUCAAUCAAAUUUAGCUCCAGAUCUAUUUAAAUUAGAUCAAAUUUCUAAUCAUCAUCCUUUAAGUACACUUGGCUUUUAUUUAUUUAUGAAAACUAAUAUAUUACAAAAAUUGUCUAUACCUUCGGUGACAAUGUUGAACUGUUUAAGACAAAUUGAAUCACGAUACAAUUCAACUGCACCGUUUCAUAAUUCAAUUCAUGCUUUAGAUGUGUUGCAUGCAACUUAUCAACUAUUUCAAUGUAAUAGUUUAAAAAAUAUCUUCAGUGAUCUUGAAACGUUUGCAAUUUUCUUUGCUAGUGCUAUACAUGAUAUCGACCAUCCUGGUUUAACAAAUCAAUACCUUAUAAAUACAAAUCAUGAAUUAGCUCUAUUAGAAAGAAUGUGA